AGUGGUUGAGCGCGCGGGGCGGAGCUUGGCUCAGCCCCUUCCUCGGAUUCCCGCUGGGAAGUGAAGGGCGGGCGGGGCGAAGCGGCGGUGUCUUGCCGGGAGUGAGGGUGGCGCGUCUACCGGGGACUGCAUUAACUAGGAAGACAUCCUGAGUGUGGCUCGCCUUGCUUGUAGAAAGAUGGUGCGUCAGAAGAGUCUCGCAGGAGGAGGUCAAAAGCCAUCUCCCAAAAUGGCCAACCCGAUGCCUCAUGGAGACGGUCAUAAGCCAGUUUCUUUUAAAGAACAUGACAGUGAUGAUGAUUCGUAUGAAGUACUGGAUUUAACAGAAUAUGCAAGGCGUCACCAUUGGUGGAACCGUGUAUUUGGCAGAAAUUCUGGACCUAUUGUAGAAAAGUAUUCUGUAGCCACUCAGAUUGUAAUGGGUGGUAUAACAGGCUGGUGUGCAGGAUUUUUGUUUCAGAAGGUUGGAAAACUUGCAGCAACUGCAGUAGGUGGUGGCUUUCUUUUGCUACAAAUAGCUAGCCAUAGUGGUUACAUACAGAUUGACUGGAAAAGAGUUGAAAAAGAUGUAGAUAAAGCAAAAAAGCAGCUCAAAAAACGUGCAAACAAAGCAGCACCAGAAAUCAACACAUUAAUUGAAGAGUCAACAGAAUUUCUUAAGCAGAACAUUGUGGUGUCCGGAGGGUUUGUCGGAGGCUUUUUGUUGGGUAUUGCAUCUUAAGGACAUGACUUUCAUCAUUCUGCUGACUUAACCAUGGUAAAGAUGAAUGACAGCAAUGCACAGAUCUUUUCUGUCCUCCCUGAAUCUCUUCAGCAAGAAGGCUAGAGUUGCCAGAUACAUUGGAGCAUUUUAUGUCUUAGACGUUACCUCCUUAUGCUUACCUGAAGGAUGUUUCCUGAAAAUUCUGCUGUGCAUUCAGUAUCAUUCCCCAAAAAAAGACUAAUUCUCAUAAUGUUUUCAUUUUCCUUUAGAGUUCAUAUUGAAUAUGUUAUUUUUGUUCUGCACUUCUCAUUUUAGGGUUUAUGUUUAUUAUAUAAAAUUAUCUCAUACUGUGGUUAAUAAUGUUAUGCCAAACAUAACAUAGGAUAUUGUACUUUAAGUGCAGGGCUAGCCGGCUUAUUUUUGAAAUCACAGCAUAAUAAUAAUUUGUACAUGUAUUCUUUUUUUUUUUUUGCAAAGAUGAAAUAACUAUGAACCCAUUAAAAAGUAAAAUAACAUUA